AUGGUCAUUGCUCUAGUGGUUGCUGUCUGUCUCUGCCUACGCCCGUCAUGGGGCUUUUCAGGUGAACAACCAGGCAUCACAGCUCCCUAUACGUCAGAAUUACUGCGAAAUGUUACCUCAGUUCGAGAGCAGAUUAUGGACCACUUGUUUAAAAACUACCAGAAUCACGAACGACCAGGGGCGACUGCGAAACAGACAACGGAAGUCACAGUUUACAUAACAAUGACGGCUAUAACUUCAGUUGAUGUUCGCAUGAUGGAGUACACUGCAGAUUUGCUUCUAAGACAGGAGUGGAAGGACCCUCGUCUGGCUUGGAACAGCAUUCCCAAGUUCAAGAACUACACAAAAAAUCUUGUCUCUCCGGAAUUAAAACAGAAACUAUGGCUUCCCGAUCUGUUCUUUCGGAAUGGAAAGGAGGGUAGACUGCACAAAAUGACCUGUCCCAAUUAUCUUACCCGCAUAGACCCCAGCGGAAUGAUUCUUUACAGCCAGAAGCUGACAAUGCGCUUCUCCUGCCAAAUGGAGCUUCAGACAUUCCCAAUGGACAGCCAAGAGUGCUUGAUGAAUAUUGGCAGCUAUGGCUACGAACUUAAUGAGUUAAAAUUCAUUUGGCGCAACCACACUCCAGUAGACCUUACCAAGAAGAUGCAGAUAUCCGAAUUCAAUAGUCCGGAAGAGGUGACAGCUUACGACUGCAGUUCACUUUCCUCAACGUCCACCGGUGACUACACUUGCCUGGAGGCCAAAUUUAUAUUGUCUCGUCAGUUAGGGUCUUGGCUAUCUAGCAUUUACAUUCCCAACUUUCUGAUCAUCGUGGCAUCUUGGCACAGCUUUUGGGUCGACCUUGACGCCAAACCGGCCAGGGUUACUCUUGGACUGUUGACCCUUUUGAGCAUCCUCACUCAGGCAUCAGGGGUGUCCUCCAGUUUGCCGCGUGUCUCUUAUAUCAAGGCCAUUGAUGUGUGGAACAUUGCAUGCAUCAUCUUCAACGUCAGCGUCCUCAUCGAGUUUACAGUAGCUUCAAAUCUGGC